GUAUAUUCUCAUUAUUCGUUAUAUACAACACAUACCUGUAGGUCUAUUGAAUUGGAAACUGAUCUCAAAUCCUCGCAUUAAAAUGUCUGGCGCAAGGAAUACAACCAUCAAUUUUUAUGAUCUGCCUACGGAAAUCCGCCGUGAGAUCUGGAAAUUUUGUUGUUCUGAAGAGAGGAUACUUCACUUCAAAGUCGAUGCCAAUGUCCGACUAAAUAACUUUGACACUUAUUGUCUUCAAUACCUACCUCCACCCAAACUCUUACGUGUCUGCCAAGAAUCACGGGAAGAAACAUUGAGGAUUUAUCAAGAGUCGUGGAGUAGCAAGGAAGACGAGCAAAAUGAUGAGGCGAAUGGCCGUAGCAUCUCGGGUCGCUGGUGGAAUCCAUCUAUGGAUACCAUUUAUGUUCCAUACUGGCUUCCGAUCCACUCUACAGACAAUCCCAAUUUGAAUCCAGGCGUGAAAGACAUGAGUUUUCCUCUUGAUAACCCAUUUUUUCAGAAGCGAAUGGGUGCGAUGCAGCAUCUCGCAGUUUCAACGAAAGCUACUGGGAUCCGGUGGAUUUGGGAAGAAUCUAUAAGACAUCAUGAGCCAUUCAGCUGGCUGAAGCUAGCGACGUGGAUAGCUGAGUUCCCAAAUCUAAAGACAUUCACAUAUGUUGUCGAUUAUUACACAUAUCGUUAUAAGGAACAAGGCCCUCGAUGGAUUGACCAUCCGGAUUUUGCGAUAGAAGGAAAUUGGCGAAGUCACUCGGCACGAUGGGAUAUGACACCGUCUAAGAUCAUUGCGGAACUUGAAGAGUGUUUCGAGCGCAUACGGUCUGAGAGAGGCAACAGGAAGUGGAUGCCUCCGAGGGUGAGGAUUGUGUUGGAUGAGGAGGACCAGGAAGAAUGUUAUUCUCGUGAGGCCCGUCUUCGAAGAAAGAAUCCAGGGUCGUAUGAGCACGGUGCAACGAUGGUGGACAUGGCAGCUGGAAGCCAGUAAGGAUAUUGCAACAACACGCCUGCUGACCAAGUGGGCUAGAAAUGAAAGUGUGAAAGCUUGAGAUGGGCGGGGAUAAUUGGGGCAAGAGAGUAAAUAGGCGAGCAUAGAAGGAGACUACUAGAGACUUUUAGAUAAGACUACGCAAGGGGGUGUUGGAUGGCGUCGGGAGAAUAUUAUAUCACGUUUCAUUCGAUAGUCUUUGACAACAUGUAUUGGGGAAAUAUUGAAGAAUUUCCAGAAUUCCUAAUUUUUUAUUGGUUCA